AUGGUCGCCCGUCCACGCAGGCCCUUGGUCUCCCUCGACUCCCAACUUCAGGCCCUCACCCUCUUCACCGACCUCGACGGUCCCUCCGAGAACCUCUCUCACCUCGGCCCCAUCAUCAAAUCCCUCGACGAGGCCCGCCAGCAAGACGCCUUUCUCCGGCACCUCAAAUCCUUCGUCUCCACCAAAGACGCCGAGAUCGAAGCCAUCUGCGAUUCCAACCACUCCGAAUUCGUAGCUGCCGUAGACAAGCUUCUCAAAGUUCGAUCUGGCACCGUAUCCCUCAAACACCGCAUCGCCGAGUUGAACGAGGAUCUCCAGGCGGGAGGGAGCUCGUUGGGGAACAAAAAGAAGCAAUUGUUGGAGACACGCCGCACAGCGGGGAAUGUGGGGGAUGCAGUGGAGGUGGUGCAAGUGUGCUUGAGGGUGCUGGACAUGGCAAAUAGAGUGGACGGGUUGAUCACCGAGAAAAAGUACUAUGCAGCGUUGAGGAGUCUGCAAGAGCUCGAGACCAAACUGCGCGGCUUGAUGGGCUACGAUUUCGCCAAACACAUGAUGGAAGGUCUGCCGCAGAUGAGAGGCCAAGUCAAGGCGGGCGUGACGAGCGAGAUGAAGGAAUGGCUAUUUCAAGUGCGAGAGAAGUCGAGAACCGUCGGGCAGCUGGCAUUGGAAGCCAUGGAGACGCGGCACAAGCGAUGGAGGGUCAAAUCGCAACGCGAUCCACUGUUGCGGCUGGCGAAAGUGAACAGUGCCAUCGAACUGGUCAUGAACGAAAGGGUCGAGGUGAACUUUGUGGAUAACGACAAGGUGCAAGUGGAUUUCAGAGCCUUGUACCAGGCGAUACACAUCUACGAUGCGUUGGAUUCGCGCGAGGAGCUGCAGAUGAGUUACCAGGAGGAUCGACGUGCGCAAGCCAACCUGCUGUUGAACCAAGGGUUGGUGUUUAGCGGCGAUGGCAAGGUGCCGGCAUUGUUGGAGGAGAUGGUUGGAUUCUUCCUCGUGGAGCACCACGUGAUACAGACGACCAUGGGGUUUAGGGAGGAGAGCGAAGUGGACGAUCUGUGGGAUACGAUGUGUUCUAGGGUGGUGGAUAUCGUCUCCCUCGCGUUGAGGGAUUGCAAGGAUACCAAGAUCUACGUCUCCGCAAAAGCUGCCAUCCAAGUCUUCAUCCAGACGCUCGAGGGGUACUCUUUUCCCGUGGCGAAACUCAACGCUCUGCUCCUCACGCUGUUCGAACGGUACGCGCAGCUGCUUCGCGAUCGAUUCAGUCAAGACUUCCAACAGGCGAUGAAGGAGACCCAACACGAGCCUAUGGUCGUCACCACUCCCGAGGAGCUAUCCAAAGUGCUCUCCGUGUGCUGGUUGAAACCGGGCGACGACGUUCUGCUCAAACAAUCCGGGUUCCCGCUCUCCCUCCCCUUCUCGCAAACCUACCCGCUCUGCUGCAUGGAUAUGAGGAACCUCGUCGACCAAUACUACAUCUUCUCCUCGGACUUCACCUCGCAUCGCGAGAUCGACGAGAUCCUCAAAUCCUCGCUCGACCAGCUCCUCAUCACCCAGGUCUCCACCGCCAUCCGCAAGUCGCUCGACAGCACCGCUUCGAUCAACCUCUCCCAAAUCGCCCAGAUCAUCGUCAAUGCCGAACACUUCAACCUCGCCUGCCUGGAACUGGAGAAACUUCUUGCUGCGCUGCGUGCACCACACGGUAGAGGUGGAAAAAUGUCGUUGGAUGCCAGCAAGCAUUUCCGCGAGACCUUGCGGAUUGCCGAGGAGAAGAUCAGCGGUGCGUUUGCUGCGAAAUUGGAUCAAUUCUUGGGGAUUGCAGAGUACGAUUUUGCUCCUCCUCCAUCAAAGGAAAACAAGACGCAUUCAGGUUGGUUGCAAGACACAGUAGACUGGUUACGAACAAUGAUGGAGUCCGUACUCGUGCUUCUCCCACCCACCGUCAAGGCGAAAAUCUACACGUCGGCGUACCAACAUCUUUCAUCAAGCCUUCUAGAUCGACACCUCCUCUCUCCCGAUACCACUUCGAUCAACACCAACGGUGUAAGCAUGCUAUUGGUAGAUGUAGACUUUCUCGCAAAGGCAGCGGGAGAAGAUGGUGUGGAUGGAAAGGUGUUCGAUGCGGUGAAGCAGACGUUGCAGGUGGUAACGAUGGAUAAAGUGGCAGAGUAUACGGUGCUGUUGCAGGGAGGGAAGGUGGGGGUGGAUGCGGGGGGAAGGUGGGCUAAGGUGGAGGUGAAGAAGUUGAUGGCGUUGUUGGAUAAGAUGAUCAGGACGAUCAGUGGGAGGAGAACAGGUGGACAGGCGCAGGAGGCGAUGACGGAGUUGGCCAAGAGACAGAGGGAGAGGGACGGGCUGGGGAGGGCCGUCGCGCUGAUCGGAGCCGGAGUGGGGAGGUAG